UCCAAUCCCCACUCUUCCCCUUCCUUCCCCUUCCUUCCCGCACAACCAACCUGCUUUUAAUCCGCUUCUAUCGCAAGAUAGGUACGAAUCACUGAGGUCCAAUCCCAAGACCACAGCUGCAGCUCGAUUUCCCUCACGCUGCCACCCCUCUCUCUCCAAACUCGAUCUCUCUCUGCUCCCAAUCGGCAAGCACACCCAACGCGCACGGACAGCUCCGGCGCGUGCGGAUUGGGAUCCCGCGGAGAUGUGGCCGCCAUCGAUGGAGCUUCAUGGCCGGUGGUAGUGGAGCUAGCGGGAGGAAGCUCAAAUUGACGACAAGGCCCCUCCAGCUGCGGCCACGCCAUUCUGGUUGGCCUCCUCCGAUGGUGGGAGCGCGGCGGCGGUCGGCGCUGGGCCCAAGAGAAGGAGAGGAGAGAGUUGUGGGAGGGCAAAAAGUCCGUCUCCCACUCUCCCGUCUCCCGGCCAGUGCGCCGCACGCCAGCACCCCGGCCCCAAAUCCCCAUCGCCCCCUCGCCUGCGCCGCCGCCGGCCGCCCGCGGCGCCGCCGGCCAUCCACUUCCCGCCCUCGGCCAUCCGCCUCGGUGACCAUGUCCGCUCUCAGCAGCUGCAGCAGCGCCGCCGGAACCGCCACCACGCUUGUGGCGUAUGGCAGGUCGCCGCAGGACCAGGAGCUCCUGGCCUUCGCGGCCGGUUCCGUCGCCCUGGGGGAGGGCGAGUCGGCCGGGGAGUUCGCCGUCGCGCUGUCCUAUGAGGGCGCGGGGUUCGACGCGGGCGCGUACAUGGGGGCGCUCCGGGCGCGGCUGUUCGGGAGGUGGAUGCUCUGGUCACCGAGGAUUGGCUCCACGCAGGACCUCAUCGCACAGAACUUCGCAAAGCUGCCGGUGGGCGUUGUCUGCGUUGCUGACGUGCAGUUCAAAGGGAGAGGACGUUCGAAAAAUGUGUGGGAAUCACCACCAGGUUGUCUCAUGUUCUCGUUCACAUCACGGAUGCAGGAUGCACGGAAGUUGCCCCUUAUGCAAUAUGUUGUCUGUCUUUCUAUGACCGAAGCCAUCAAGGAACUAUGCCGUGCUAAGGGACUGCCAGAACUUGAUGUAAGGAUAAAGUGGCCUAAUGAUCUCUAUCUGAAAGGAUUAAAAGUUGGCGGCAUUCUAUGUACCUCGUCUUAUGAACCAAAAGUCUACAAUAUCUGUACUGGUAUUGGUUUAAAUGUUGACAAUGAGAAGCCUACCACAUGCUUGAAUGCUGCACUUCAAGAAGCAAAUGUUAUAUCACCCAGAUUGAAACGAGAAGACAUACUGGCAUACUUCUUCAAUAAAUUCGAAAAUCUUUUUGAGAUCUUCUCGAAUCAAGGAUUUCAGGCUCUUGAGGAGCAAUACUAUAACUCAUGGCUCCAUAGUGGCCAGAGAGUUGUCGUCCAAGAUGCACAUGAAGGCCAGUCUGUAGACAGUGUCGUCACUAUCCAGGGUUUAACACCAACUGGGUACUUGUAUGCUAUUGGUGAGGAUGGCAAAAGCUAUGAGUUGCACCCAGAUGGCAACAGUUUUGAUUUCUUUACUGGAUUGGUGAGGAGAAAGAUCGAAGCUUAGGACACCAAUACAAUACAUAGAUAGGUUCAACAAAUUUGUACAAAUGAUAGAUGUUUAAGUAUGGAAUGAGAACAUGUAAGCAUCAGCGCUGCCACCUGCAUCCCUUUGUGUGCUUCAAACUUUUAGUAUAUAAGGUAUAACUAUAUAUUGAUUAUUUUCUAUUUUAAAA